CGUGGAAGAAAACAAUAAUAAUAAAAUAAGAGAAAGUUUCCAUGUGCAGUUUCAAUUACAAAUAUACAGGAAGAUAGGCUCCCUAUAGUUUGUGGCAUUUUUGUAUUUUAAAUUUUAAUUGUAGUUAAAGGAUGUCUGGUCAGUGGGAAGUUGUUGGGAAAAAGAAAGGCAGAGAUAAUAAACUUCUUAAUAAACAAAACAUAAAAGAUGCUAAGAAAAAUAAUGGUGUUCAGGGACCAAAAAUUGAAGAUGUUUUUGCUCCACUUCAGGUAAAGAAUUUAUAUGCCUCCAAUAAAAAUAAUAAGGAAAAUGCAAAACCUCCGGAAAAACCAAAACAAGAGAUUAAAAAGCCCCCUAAGAAGCAGGAGAAAUCUCAGGAGCAAGCAAAAGUGAAACCCAAAACGAUUGAAAAUGCUCUGAAUUCUAUUGACGCAGAAGAGUUGAAGAAUUUGUUUGAAAAUAAUAAAAAGCUUUUCCCUGAUUCACCUAUAAUUUGGCUAAAGGAACUUUCACAAUUUCUAAACCAAAAAAUUCAUGUUGAUUUACAAGAUCAUACAUUUUCUAACAAAUCAGAAAAUUAUCCAUUUUCAGCUGUACCUCAUUCAAUUAGAAGUGUAAUUGAGAAAGCUGUCAAAGAUGUUGGAAGAACAUCAGCCCAGACAUUUUAUGGUAUUUCACUUACAUCAAUGGCAACAGAUAUGGGUAAAGGAAUGCCUGUUAUUGGUCACAAGCUGUUCUUGCAAUAUUUAGCUUUAUAUGAACCCAAGUUUUCUACUGCAAGUCUUAAUAAGCAUAAAGAUUUAAAAAAUUCAUAUCAAAAUCAGCAAUCCAUUGGACUAUCUAUUCUUUGGGCUUUAGGACAAUGUGGGAACAAGGAUUUUGAAAGUGGAUUUAAAGUUUUUCAGGAAAUCAUGUUUCCAAUGAUUGAGAUGAAAAACUAUUCUCGCUAUGUAACAAAAUAUCUCAUUGAUCUAAUUAACCGGCAUCAUUUGGAAAAUCUUUCAAAAGAACAAUACCUACUAAUUUUGGAUAUUGUAUUUGCAAAUUAUAAAAAUUUUCCUGCAGAUCUCCGGCCCAGUUUAAAUAAAAUAGUACCUGUCUCUAAACAAAUGUUGCUUAACCAAUACAAAAAAGAAAGCAGCAGUACUAUAAUAGAACCUUUGCUCAAGAAAAUUCUAAGCAGUAACAACAAUGCUUAUAGAAAAGAAAUUUGUGAUAUUCUCGUUAAUUGUUUUAUUAAGGACCCUAGUUUGUUUAAUUCAUGGAACAAAAUUUACAACAAAAACAUCCAGAGUAGUGCUUUUCUCUUAAAAUAUAUAGAUGAGAACUGGAAAAGACUGUCCGCGUUAGUAGAUAGAGGAAAAUUUCAGAAUCUCCUCAGUUUCUUCACCGAAACAAACGAAGAUUUAAAGGCUAGUAAGAAGAAACUAGAUGGUCUUGAAGAAUCUAAUGUUGCCAUAAAGAACUUAAAAAUUAAAAUGGCUUCAAAAAAAUCCUCAAAAAUUUCUUACAAUUUCAUGUCAUUUCUCUUGUUACUGGGCUUUGCAGCAAUCCUGGCAUAUGAUAUUAAAUUGCAUGGCUGCUGGUACCAAUCAUCAACUUAUAAGGGCCUUAAAAAUGCUGGAGCUAUUGAAUAUUACAACAAAGCAGUUGAAAAAGGCCGAAUGGGUCUCCAUUGGGUUCAUGAACGACUAGAUGAACGAUUUCCAGACUAUUAUCAACAACAUGUAGAACCCUACCUUGUAUUACUGAAUGAUAUAGGAUUUAUAGUUUGGAAUGCAGGUGGUAACCUUAAACAGAACAUAAUAAAUGAGAAGAUUCCUACUUUGGUAGACCACAUUGAAUUUUAUGCACCUGGUCUUAUAGAUAAAUCUCAAAAGACACUCCAAAGUGCAUGGUCCAUUUCUGUAUUAUAUGUAAACAACACUGUUAAAUAUUUACAACAAGAAGUUUUUGUGGGACAUCUUGCACCUGAAAAUGUCCAAAGGGUGGUGGUUGAAGCUUUGGAUACAACAAAGAGGAAAGCAACAGAAUAUUGUUAUUGGGUCUAUGAAAAAGUGCAGUCCAGCAUUAAAUAAACAUUGAAACACUA